GGGCGGUGCUGGGGGCUGAUCCCAUGUUGUGCGCAGCCCACAGCGGAUUUACACAUUCUGGGGAACUGAGUGUCAGAAGCCCAAGUGGGGGGCGGGUCGCUAUCUAUCCGGGUCAGCUCACUGUCCCCUGUCGCCCUUUGGGAACUUUGCGCAAACUCCGCCUGGCUUUGGAUUUGUGAGGGGAAUCCGCCGCCCCGAGUGGCAUGAGACUGACACAGGGACAUGAGUGAUACCGGAGCCGUGGCGAUGUCCCGCAAGCAACGAUUGAUGGCAGCUUUGGAGGAAGAUGAACGUGCGACGACGCCCGGAACGGAGGAGCAGCCGGGAGUACUGGUGUAUUGCUUUAUCUGUGGAGGAGGGGUGCCCAGGGGGCGAGAGGUGAGGUUGCCCGUCCGGUGUCCUGCCCGGGAAGGUUGCGCCUUUUUCCCGUUUCUUCAGCAGCAGGAGCCGGCGCCCGGUGCCGAGCCGCUGAGCCCGGGGGGGUGCGUCCGAGUGUGUGCCGUGUGCCAGCGCUUCUUGGCCGCUCAGUGGGACGCGUUCGAGCGCAGCCGGACACCGCUGGAGAAGCGCAUGUAUUGGCUCAAGCGGCCCUACCAGUGCGGCGGGGACGGAGCGCGCAGUAACCCCAGGGACUGGAACCCCAACUACGACUCCGACCUCUCUGACCUGUCCGACAAUGAUCUCAGCGAGCCCGAGGAGAGCGGGGAAGCCCGGCCGGAACCCACCCAGGGAAACCGGAGACCGUGGGCUGUAGCCACUGUACCUAGUUUGGCACCUCCACACUGCGCCCCCUGCCGGGGGUCCCCUAAUGACAGAGCUAGGCGAAUGGGAGCAGAGAUUGAGCAGAGCCACGGGAGAGAGAACGGACACCUCUCUGGAAUGUGUUAUAUUUGCGGGGGGCACAGCGCCGGGCACACUAUACACGUACAGAAACAAGAGCACACGCCCCAAACGCCCUUCUUCCCUUUCCUUUGGCUCCACACCCCUCCUGCCGGUGCGCAGCCCAUUACACCUGGGGGCAGUGCCCGUGCCUGUAGCCGCUGCUUUUCCUCCCUUAUGCAGCAGUGGCAGAGCUUUGACAUGGCCAAUGUGCCCGUGUUACAGCGACUGUAUGUGGUGCCUCUUCAUGCCAACAGCACCCCAGAAAAAGCAGCGCCUCAGAGAGCAGCCGAAUCCCACCCGAGUGCACCAGCCCUGUGCUACCUGUGCGGGGAGGACUGUGCCAACCACGUGAAACUGGUACAAUCCAGGAUAACAAAUGGCAAUGCCAAAACAAGUAUGCAUUUUCCUUUCCUUAGCCAGCUGCCCUGCCCACCUAGUGCCAGGGGGGUGAACCAGCAAGGAGAGGCACAAAGUUGCAGAAAAUGCUAUGGAGUAUUGGAAGACAUAUGGUCUAUCUAUAGGGCAUCCCAGAACGAGGAGCUCAUCAAUUCUGCACAAAGCUUCUUGGCAAGGUACCAUCAGGUGUUCAACUCUUUAGAUCCUGGAACUUCAGCUGAGUCUCAUAACAGUAGGCCAGAAGCCAUAAGUGGGCAUAUAUCUAUAUGUUAUGUAUGUGGGGCAGAGCCGGGGCCAGGUCUGGAGUAUCAAGUUAGCAUAAACCCACCCAGUAGGUAUGGAGACAAGGAGCCCUUCUUUCCUUUCUUAACAGUCUACCCUCCUGCCCCUAGAGCCAAGCCUGCUGACUCUACUGGCCUUGUUUCCACCUGUGGUCUUUGCUACCAUGACCUUCUCGGGCAGUGGUUUCAGCAGGAGAUGAAGUCACAACAACCUAGCAGCCCGUGGUCAAGACAAUAUCAAGUGGAGACAUUUGUCUGCUUCUUUUGUAGACAGGAGAAAAAGAGAAUGCUGGGAUUAAAGGCUAUUCAGGUAGCUAGGUUGCCUGUCUUUUUACAUGCUCCAAGGAUGGCCAACACUUUAUUGGUGGAUGAUGGAAAACAACUUCUUAUUGGAGCUUGUAUUGAAUGCAGACCCCUGGCAUUAGCAGGCAUCAGUACAACACAAAGCGGGGCCAUGGUACCAAGUCAGAAGGCUGGGCCUCAACCCCGUGAUGUUUCCCACCAAGGCUCUACCCCAGGGUCUUGUCGCACUGUACGCAUAGUGCCAGAACUUGAGAAGAGUCCCAAAACAAGCAGAGAAGCUACUUCAUCGGUCCAUUGCCAGGAAAACAGCUUAGAUGUGCAACGUGUAGACCAAGGGACUGCAAGCAUGAACCAUGAGCCAAAGUCACCUUCCAUAGGAAUGCUUUCUACAGCCACACGGACCACGGCCACUGUCAGCCCCCUCACUCCCUCUCCCCUCAAUGGCACCCUGGUACCCAAUGGCAGCCCAGCAGCGAGCAGCGCGCUAUCUGUCCAGUCCGCACCCUCCUCCAGCUUUGCUGCUGCGCUGCGUAAACUUGCAAAACAGGCAGAGGAGCCCAGAGGAUCUUCAAUAAGUAGUGAGUCUUCCCCAGUCUCAUCGCCGGCUACUAACCACAGUUCACCUGCCAGCACUCCAAAAAGAGGUCCCAUGGGUCCCAUCAUUGUACCGCCAACUGGUCACAGUGUGCCGAACACCCCGCCUGUAGUAACUAUUGCACCUACGAAAACAGUAAAUGGAGUAUGGAGGAGCGAAGCCCGACAGCCAGAUACUUCCUCCCGAGCCAGCAGCCUCAGCAGAGAACGACUUCUAUCUGAACCACAACUGCCUCAUGAGAAGAGUGGUGCAACCUCUGUCCCCUCCCACCUGCUCGGAAAUGCUUAUGCCUUUGCUAUUCCACCCAGCGCUGUUGUACAAGAUGCACGCUUCCAGCCCUUAAACUUGCAGCGGCCAAUGCCUCAUGUGGUCCCUUCGAGUGCAGUCACUGAGGAAUAUCUGCGCAGUUUCCGCCCAUAUCACACAGCUGAAGAUCUCCGUAUGACCUCCAUGCCCCACAUUGGCUUGGAUCCUGCAACUGCGGCAGCAUAUUAUCAUCCCAGUUAUCUAGCCCACCACGCUUUUCCUCACCCAGCAUUUAGGAUGGAUGAUUCCUACUGUAUAUCUGCCCUGAGGUCCCCAUUUUAUCCUAUUCACAGCCCUGGAUCUCUCCCUCCCAUGCACCCAUCUAUGCACCUUCACCUCCGAUAUCCCACAGAGCUUACACAUUCAUCAUUGUCUGCACUGCAGUCAGAACGCAUCCAGAGCCUUACAGCAGAGAGGCUUCAAAUGGAUGAAGAACUAAGACAGCGGGAAAGAGAGAGGGAGCGGGAGCGAGAGCGAGAAAAAGAGAGAGAAGCCGACCGGGAGAGAGAAAAAGAACGAGAACGUGAGAGGGAAAGGGAGCGGGAGAAAAAAGAAAUGGAGCGAGAGAAGGAACGCGAAAGGGAGAGGGAAAUGGAGAGACAACGUGAAAGGACAAGAGAAAAGGAGGCAAGCCUCAUGAAAAGUAUAGAGAACCAAUUUCUGGCUGACUCAGAAGUCCAUCCACUCAGGGGUCAUCAAGAAGAGCGUGCAAAACUUGCUGAAAAGUCCACUCCAAAUAGACAUGAAAAAGUAAAAGAAUCCACUCUACUAUCUACUAAGCUUAUCCAGCACUCCAUACAACAACCCCAGGCCACACAGCACUCUGUACCCAGCCUCAUUUCCAACCAUGCUACUUUCACUCCACCCAACAACAGUGCAGCAGCCUCCAUUCUGGCCCAGAGGACACAGGAAGAAGAAAAAUGGUUAGCUAGGCAGCGCCAUCUCCGACAGGAGAAGGAAGACCGGCAAUACCAGGUCUCAGAAUUCCGUCAGCAAGUACUGGAGCAGCAGUUGGACAUUGGAGGGCGACCUGUUAGCCAGUUGGAGACUGAAAGUAGGCCAGAAAAUAUCAGAAUCUUACCUGGUCGCAGUGAUGUCAGUGUCCGAGAGCAGUUACAGCAUUUUGGAGGUCCUCCACCGCUUAUCUCCCCUAAACCUCAGCAGCACACUCCUCCAACUUCACUCUGGAAUCCUGUCUCACUCAUGGAAAGCUCUACAGAGCACCGCCGUGGCCAAGAAUCGCUCCAAAUCCAUAGUCAUACUGCUACUGUCUAUGAGCCCAGCCGACAAACGUUGCCUCCAGUUAAGGUAGAGCGUGCUUUCUGUUUUGAGAAGCACCAACAAGAAGAGGAAGAGUUGUCUAGGAGAAGGGAGUUGGUGGAGAAGUAUCAGUCACAAAGAGAGUCUUCAGCCAUGGAACAUGCUGGUUACACACAUGCUCCAUUCUUAGCUGAACUAGAAAAGUCAACUCAAACCUUUUUGAAUCAGCAGAGGACCUCCCUCCAGCAAUCUGGGCAGACAGCAGAGGUGAGCCUGCUUCACAAGCCCAGCACGUCCUAUCGUCAACCCCCAUCAAGGGCUCGAGAUCCAAUGUUUGUUUAUGAUGAAUUCCUGCAGCAACACCGAAGGCUGGUCAGCAAGUUAGAUCUGGAGGAGCGAAGGAGGAAGGAAGCCAGGGAGAAAGGUUAUUACUAUGAUCUUGAUGACUCCUAUGAUGAAAGCGAUGAGGAAGAAGUGAGAGCACAUCUUCGCCGUGUGGCAGAACAACCUCCCCUUAAACUCGAUACUUCCUCUGAGAAGGUGGAGUUCCUUCAGAUCUUCGGCCUUACAACUCAGCAAGAGAGAGAACGACUUCUACAGGAGAAAAGAAGGAAGAGGCGGAGAAUGCUCAGAGAGAGGAGUCAGUCACCACCAACUGUGCAGAAUAAGAGGCAGACUCCAUCACCGCACUCACCUCUCUCUACAAGGUUUAGCCCUGAUGAUCUCAACAACAGCCCAAAUCUAGAGGAGAAGAAAAAAUUUCUUACAUUCUUUGACCUUGCACAUAUCAGUGCUGAACGACGGAGAGACAAAGAAAAGUUGGUUGAAAUGCUGGAAGCUAUUAAACAGAAGAAGUCAGAGGCUGAGGCAUCCAAAACUGCACCCCCGUGUCGCACUCCUUCUGCUCCCCCUGCAGUCACAGUAUCUGAAGAACAGGUGGCAUCACAGUCUUCUGUAGAGUGUGACAGACCACCAUCCCUUCCUUCUACAUCAGGCACAGUCCCACUACCAGAGCCAGUAAAAGUUCCAGAAGCUGGUGGAUCAGAUCAGCCUAAGCCUUUGGAGCUCAUAAAGGUCCCCCCUCUGUCUCUUGCUGCCCCAUCUACUUCUUCAGUUGCACCAGCCACAGAGAAGCCAAAGCAAAGUGAGGUUAUACCUGGAAAAAGGAGUCUUAGUAUCUUGAACUUUGUACGGGGCCACCCUCCCAAAGAGAGCACUGUAUCACCACCUCAGAGUGUGAAUGGAAGGAGCAAGUCUUGGGGGCCAUUUAUAGCUGAGGAAUUUGCACACCAAUUUCACGAAUCUGUGUUACAGUCGACUCAGAAAGCCCUACAGAAGCACAAAGGAGUUUCAGCUAUGCACUGUGCAGAACAGAACCACAAAUCUGAUGCCUCUGUUCAUUAUAACAUUCCUGAGCUGCAACACUCCAGCCGGCCAACAGCACCACAUCAGAAUGGCCAGCAAGUGCCUGGACAGUCAGUAGUAGGGUGUGUGCAAGCACAGCAAGAGACAAGUACUGAGGAGGAAACAACUGAUGAAGAGGAGGAAGAAGAGCCACCCAGGCCUAAGUGGCAGGGGAUUGAGGCAAUAUUCGAAGCCUAUCAGGAACAUGUGGAAGAACAAAACCUGGAACGGCAGGUUCUGGAGAAGCAAUGUAAAAGACUAGAAUCCCAGCACUAUAACCUGAGCCUGACAGCUGAACAGCUGUCACACCACAUGGCAGACUUGAUGAGCCAGAAGCAAAAGGUGGCACUGGAGAGAGAAAGAUUACAAGCUGAACUAGAACACUUUAGGAAGUGCCUUGUUUUGCCCACAACACCAUGGUCUAGAGGAUACUUCAAAGGCCACCACAGGUGACAUCUUGUCUUGCACUAGGUUUGAUCGUACAGUAUAGAAAUAUCUAUUUUAUUAUCUUGAUAUUUAAUAUUUUUCACUGGGAGGAUUGAGAAACACCAUUUCAUUUCUGUCACAUCCUAAACCACCCCCUGGGAGAAAAACAAAAGAAAAAAAAAUACAUAUAUAAAUAUAUGAAUGUGCCAUGCAUGACUCAAAGGAUUAUGAGAGAUUGGCAAAGAACAACAGACCUCAGUCAAGGCAAAGCCAUGGGCAUUUUCUUUACCACAUGAUUUCUCUGUUGGGACCACAUCCCUCAUUGACAGACUUUUGGCUGCAUCUGACACUACAAGCAACCUAGUGUGCUGUCUGCCCUCUGGACUGUACCAAAGUGGGUGCUUACCUUUCUGAAUCCACCCUUUAUUGCCACCGUUCUUCAACCGGAAAUCACAUUGUACUGCUUUAUUUAUCACUGAUUCCUCGUGUCCUUGCCACAAAAAGGAAAAAAAAAAUCUAUGACUUUUAUGCUAUAGCUUCUUUUAAUCAGAAAUUGAAUAUGCUGAAAUUGGAGGUUAAAGACUUAUUUCUCUAACACAAAAGGUAAUUUGUCCACGCAGAGCUUUGCAGCUUGGAAUGGGAAUGCACUUAAACCCGGAUCUCAGAUUGGCUGAAGGUACCUUUUAUGAAAUGCUUGUCAUAUGGUCGAGGUUCUAUCACUGCAAAGCUGCUACCCACCUCCCAUAAGCAAAAGGAAACCAAUUGGAAUCUAGACAUAUACUGAUCAGGUGCUUCAGCCGCAGACUGUAUAUAUUACAAAAGUUGUUUUGGUUUUUUUUUUUUGUAAGUUUUUAUUGGUUUAAUUAUUGUUAUAAAGAAAAAAACAAACUGCCAUUUUCAGCGCUUCUGCAUUUUUUUUUCAGCCAGAGGAAAAUACACGUCUCUUUUAAAGUUGCUAUUUAGUGUUUGUAUUCUGCUGCUGGUCAGGAAUUUAUCCUAUCAAAGUCUUUUUGAGAAAAUUAAAAGUUGGAAAGAGAAUUAAAAGUCAAA